AAAGUUUACUUAUAAUGAAUUUUCGCUGUUAUGUAAAUUACUGCAUAAACUACGGAGAUAAUCUGGCAUAAUGAUCACUUAGUUGCGUCUUAUGUGAAACAUUUUUAACAUUAUUUAUUUUACAAAACUUGUAUUAACACUGCGUGAAUAUUUUCGACAUGAAAGAAACUGCUAAGAAAACUUCGUACGGUGUAGGUAUUCAAAACUGGAUUCUUAUAUUUAGUAUCAUAUGUGCUAUUAAUUUUGCUCUGGGAACCUGGAAAUAUAAAAACGUAUCAGAUCGUUUUAUUUGCCCUAGCGAGUAUAUCGAGUUAUUCAUCCACUACAUAAGAAGCCAUUUUCGAUCUUUUAUAUUAUUAUUAUUGUGUGUUGUUUUACAAUCAAUCUUAUCCGUUAUAAUAGAGAAAUCUUUAAUUUACAAUUACGUGUCGGAAUCGGCAGGUCUUGCAUGUCAUCUGAUAAAUAGCUUGUUGCCCACGAAUUUUGCACUUGCCUCUUCUUACUUGGUUUACAUAGAUCCAUGCACUCUUUUUUUCGUUAUGGUUCACGUGAUCCAUAUCACUUUCUUGAGAGGGAUUUCAUACGCUUUCGUCAAUAGCCGCUUGCGAAAAGAAUGGCGUGAAUGUAUCAAAGAAAAUGCGUAUAAUAAAAAAGAAACAAAAAAUGUAUACCCCCAAAAUAUUAAUAUAAGGGAUUCGUUACGUUUUUGGUUUGGAGCGCCGUCUGGGACAUACAAACCAGAGGUUCCUUCUCGUAUCAUCACACUAAAUCUCAGUUGGCUCGGAGUUGGACUGGUGAAGGCUGUUAUUUUUACGUAUAUUUCAUUAAAUAUUCUUCAUGUUUUCGUUGCUCCGGCUGUGGAAGAAUGUGUUCAAUACAUCGAAAAGGGGGUUCUUUCCGAAGCACUCGGAUGCUUCCUAAGAUUAUUGAUCCCAGUUAAUCUUUUAUGGUUAAUUGGUGUUUACUAUUUUGGGUUGGUUACAAUAACUGGAACAUGGUCUAAAGUCGUGGGAUACCGUUCAAGUAAACAGAAAGAUUGGUGGAACAGUGAAACAGUGUCUGAAUACUGGACAAAAUGGAAUUAUUUUGUACACGAAUGGUACAAAGAAACAAUAUUCAUUCCUUUAGUAAAAAGUGGAAUUAGUUCACAAAGUGCGAAUGUUGCUAUUUUCGCAUUUAGUGGACUUUUACACGUCUUCUUUGUAAGUAUUGGACUUUACAAUUAGGUAAUUUUAAUAUUUUAGAUUUACAUUUUAAUCCCUGUACGGGUUGAGUUUUAAAAAGUCCUUCUUUACUGCUCGUCUACGUUGUAUAGAAAACGCCUGUAGAAAAUAGAAAGUCUCUAGACCCGGUUUAUCCUUUUCUACAUUAUAGAAGAUAGACUGAUAGAUUUUGGUUAUAAUAAAAAAUUCCGUAAUCGAGAAUUAGCACAGUAUUAAAUACGAAAAUUUGAGUUUUAGAAAGUCCUUUCUUACUGCUCGUCUACGUUGUAUAGAAAACGCUUGUAGAAAAUUUCAAGUCUCUAAACACGGUUUAUCCUUUUCUACAUUAUAGAAGAUAUAGUU